AUGAACGCGGCUGAGCAGACUGUAACGUGGCUCAUCACGCUCGGGGUGCUGGAGUCUCCCAAAAAGAGCAUCUCGGAUCCGGAGGCUUUCCUCCGGACGUCUCUGCAGGACGGGGUGGUAUUGUGCAGGCUGCUGGAGCGACUGAGACCGGGAACGACAGAAAAAUUUUUUCAGGAACCGAGGAGUGACAGCGAGUUUCAACUGAACAUAAGCGAGUUCAUCAAAGGCGCCGGGACUUUUGGCGUGGAGCCUUUUGAGGUCAAUGACCUCCUUCAGGGGCUGAACUUCAACAAGGUCCUAAACACCUUGGUUGCACUGAACAAAGCCACUGAAGAUUCCGGCGUUUCUGUGUCUGUGCCGCACUCCGCCACAUUGAGGAUUAAAUCAUUUGAUUCUCUGAACAGCCAAAGUCGUUCCUCCAAACUGCAGCCACCUCAGUAUCACAGCCUUGUAAGUGAUACCCAGGACAUGUCUGAAGGUGGUGGGUGUGGCCAAUUUCUUUUCAAGGCACGCUUCCCUUUCCAGCAGACAAAUGAGGACGAACUGUCUUUCUCCAAGGGCGACAUCAUUAAUGUGAGCAGGCAGGAGGAGGGGGGCUGGUGGGAAGGUUCACUCAACGGCAAGACCGGCUGGUUUCCCAGUAACUAUGUGCGAGAACUGAAAGGAAGCGACAAGCAAUUAGAUAAACCAAAGUCUGGGACGCUGAGAAGUCCUCCAAAAGGUUUUGACACUUCUAUCAUCAACAAGACAUACUACAAUGUGGUCCUCCAGAACAUCUUGGAAGCAGAGACUGAGUAUUCGAGAGAACUGCAAAGUCUUCUGGGGUCCUACCUGCGUACCCUGCAACCAACAGAUAGGCUAAGUGGUGCUGACAUCAGCCACAUUCAGGGAAAUCUUGAGGAGAUCUCCACAUUCCAGCAGAUGCUGGUUCAGUCCUUGGAAGAGCAUACAAAGCUUCCAGAAUGUCAGCAGAGGAUAGGAGGCUUCUUCCUUGGUCUAAUGCCCCAGAUGAAGUAUCUUUAUGUGGCUUACUGUUCAAACCAUCCAUCUGCUGUCAGUGUUCUCACCCAGCAAAGCGAGGAGCUGGGGGAGUACAUGGAGUCAAAGGGGGCAUCUAGUCCGGGGAUUCUGACGCUGACAACCAGUUUGAGUAAACCCUUCACUCGACUGGAGAGAUAUCCAACUUUGUUAAAGGAAAUGGACAGACACAUGGAGGAGCAACACCCAGACAGAGUGGACCUCCAAGCUUGCAUGGCAUCAUUUCAAAGCCUUGCAGCCCAGUGCCAGGAAGUGAGGAAGAAGAAGGACCUGGAGUUACAGAUUUUAACUGAGCCAAUUAGGAAUUGGGAAGGGGAUGACAUCAAGACCUUCGGCCCUGUUCUUCACAUGUCCCAGGCUGCGGUCCGCUAUCAGAACUGUCAGGAGUCGAGUGAACGCUACCUUGUGCUCUUCCCUCACACUCUGCUCUUUCUCUCAGCAAGCUUGAGGAUGAGUGGAUUCAUCUACCAGGGAAAGAUGCCACUGUCAGGCAUGCUGAUCUCCAGGUUAGAAGAUGGGGAAACCAUGAGGAAUGCUUUUGAAAUUUCUGGUACCCAGUGUGACCGUAUGCAAGUAGCGUGCAACAGUCAUCAGGAUCUACUGGAUUGGCUGGACCUUCUCACCAAACACACACACACACCUGCUGCACACACAUACAAGACUCCGUCGGUGUGUCACACAUUGCCCUCUCUGCCCGUCACCCCUUCUCGACACUCAGAGUCUCGAGCCGGGAGUAGCGCCUUCCACACCCUCCCUCAUCUUUCCUCAUGUGGCGGCAGCCCAAUAUGGGCGGUUUUGGAGCCUCCGAGUACCCCAAAACCCUGGAGUAUGAGCUGUCUUCGGCCUGCGCCCCCUCUCCGGCCAUCUGCUGCUCUUUACAACAAGGAGGAUAUGAAUAAAAGUCCAAAGAAUAUGAAGAAGCUGCUUCCCAAGAGGAAACCAGAGAGGAAAGCCUCAGAAGAAGACUUCACUGUCAGAAAGAGCACAGCGGCUCUCGAAGAGGACGCUCAGAUAUUGAAAGUGAUUGAAGCGUACUGCACCAGUGCCAGGACGCGACAGACCCUCAACUCGACCUGGCAAGGCACUGACCUCAUGCACAACCAUGUGCUCGCUGACUCCAGCCUCAUCGUUGUUGGCAUCCCAGGCAACCUGCCGCCUUCCGACCAAUCAGAAGACUCGGAUUAUGACAGUAUCUGGACUGCCACUAGUUACAGGACUGCCUCAAUUUCUCGUAAGAUUUCAGUGAGGGAUGUCCACAUGUUAUUCCCAGAUGAGGAGAAGAUCAUAGUGGAGGAAACCAGGAGUAACGGACAAACCGUAAUGGAGGAGAGGAGUUUGGUAGACACUGUAUACAGUUUGCGGGAUGAAGUCCAGGAACUCAAACAGGACAAUAAGAGGAUGAAAAGGACACUAGAGGAAGAGCAACGAGCAAGGAAAGAGCUUGAGAGGAUCAUAAGGAGGGUUUUGAAGAACAUGAACGACCCAACCUGGGAUGAGACAAACCUCUGA